CCUUGAUCAACACUUGUCAUUUCAACGACAACUUCUUUUGGGUGAUAUCACUAAGUACCAUGAGCUGGACAGGGUUCAAGAAGUCGCUGAAUAGGGCGGGUACCACGGUCUUACAAAAGACCGGACAGAUCGAACGCACGAUAGACCGUGAGUUUGCAGAUGAAGAAUCCAAGUACAGAGCCUUCGAGAAGGAGUGUCAGGCAUUGCAGAAGGAUGCUAAACAAUAUCAGGAUGCCAUGCGCUCGAUGACAACCACACAGGCGCGGUUGGCUGAGACCAUCGAGACCUUCUACGGCGCUGCAGAUCGCUCAUCAGAUGGUGCUAUGGCAAGUCACGCUUUCAAGAGCGCAGUGGAGGAGCUUGAUGGGGGCAUUCAGAGGGAACUUGAAGGUCCCUAUCGUACGACCAUCAUGGAACCCCUCGGGAAGAUGAACGCUUACUUCCCCGUCGUGAAUGAGCAUAUCACCAAACGUAACAAAAAGCUCCUGGACUUCGACGCAGCACGUAGCAAACUACGAAAGGUAAUCGAGAAACCAAGUGAAGACCCUACAAAGCUUCCAAAAGCACAACAAGAACACGACGAUGCGAAAGAGGUUUUCGAGCUUAUGAACGAUCAGCUCAUCUCAGAGCUCCCGCAGCUCUUGGAUCUGCGCAUACCAUAUUUUGAUCCCAGUUUUGAGGCUAUGAUUCGCAUGCAAUGUAAGUUUGCCGAGGAAGGAUAUGAGAAGAUGAGCGCUGUACAGAGGUAUUUUCCUGACAAUGUGCGAGAUGAUUAUGCUGCAGGUCAGCUGGAUGCGCAGGUCGAGGCGGUCUUACAGGAAAUGAGAGAACUAUCUAUCUGCGGGGCGAACUGAUCCCUUCACAUCACUUCAUGUAUACCAUGUACACUACCGACUGUUCAGGUAGAUCUUGCCUUCGGACCAUAUAGUAUUAAUGGGUGUAGAACCCUUGUAAGGCUGCAUAUUCCAUGAUUGCAUCAAAAAAGACUGGUUAAUAACCUCGUCUGCAUUCAAUGUUCGCGUUUGAGUUUAGCACGCAUUUGUGUAUAGAAUCCUUGUG